UCUCUGCCGCUGUCCGCCCUUGUUAAUAAAAAAAAAAAAAGAAAAUUAUAGAGUCUCCCUCCGUUGGAUGGCGCCAAAGGCAGAAAAGAAACCAGCCGAGAAGAAACCGGCGGAAGAGAAGAAGACGGUAGCGGAGAAAGCUCCGGCAGAGAAAAAGCCGAAGGCCGGAAAAAAGCUACCUAAAGAAGGCGGCGCAGUGGCUGCGGACAAGAAGAAGAAGCGCACGAAGAAGAGCAUAGAAACUUACAAGAUCUACAUCUUCAAGGUUCUGAAGCAAGUGCACCCUGAUAUAGGGAUCUCUAGCAAGGCCAUGGGCAUAAUGAACUCUUUUAUCAACGAUAUCUUCGAGAAGCUUGCACAGGAAUCCUCGAGACUUGCUAGGUACAACAAGAAACCCACUAUUACUUCGAGGGAGAUACAGACUGCCGUGAAAUUGGUGCUUCCUGGGGAGUUGGCUAAGCACGCUGUUUCUGAGGGUACCAAGGCUGUUACCAAGUUUACUAGUUCUUGAAUUAGGUGUAGCGUUUUAGGUGGUUUGGGUUUUGUGAUUAAAUGGUAAAAUUAGGAUAUUUUCUUCGUUUAGAGUCGGUUAGUUUUCCCUUUUUAGAGUGAGCAGUGUGGCUGUAAUGAUAUAUUCACAAGUGAUAUGAAUGAAUUAUAGUACGGAUCA